CACUAAUUAGUGAAAGAUGCCCAAUAUGCCAAGUAAUGUUCCCUCUUGACUUUAUUGAAAUACAUGCAAGUGCUUGUGGAGAAAGACAGAGUUGUGAAUUGGAUCUAUCAGACAUUGAGGCAAUUGAUGAUGCAGAGGAAGAGGCUGGCCCAUCAGGCACAGCUUUCCAGACCACACCCAGCCAAAAUCUGACAAACAGUUUAUCAACAUCAUCAUCUGCCUUGACUGAUGAGGAAAUGGAUUGGAAAACUGUACCAGGCCCAAUAAAGGCAGCUGACUUGUACAGACAAUCUGUACUGAAGGAUUUUGCAUCCGAGAAACCACUAUACAUGCACAUUGACCUUAGAAGUAGCAUCUCCGACCAAGAGUCCAUGCUCAUUGCUUUUUACAAAGCAUGCAAUGUGAAGUGGGCAUGUCCUCUAAAAACCAGGCUAGAAGGGGAUCCUGCUAUUGGAGAGGGUGUAAACCAUUUCUUGUUUUCAAUGAUUACACAAAAACUUAAAUGUGGUUUUCACCUUAACUUUGGGAAUACUCACACUACAAGGUUUUUUGAUGGAGAGCCAGAUCACCUUGUACCAUCUUCAUCUGCACACCUGGUGGAUAGUGAUCUGUUUUUUGUUGCUGGCAGAAUGAUUGGUCACUGCUUUCUCCAUGGAGGACCACCCUUGUCAGGACUUAGCCCUGCUGUUGUCCAUGUAAUUUCAGGAGGCAGUGCUGAAACAGCUGUUGUAGAGAUUUCAGACUGUCCAGAUUUGGAUUUGCAUCAGAAAAUCAUACUGCUUGAUGGGGACUCUGAACUAACACCUGAAGAGAAGGAGAGUGUUAAUGAUUUGUGCUUCUCCUGGGACCUUCCUCCAAUAAACACCUCCAAUCGACGCUGGCUUUAUGAGAGGCUUCUACAUCAUGCUGUUAUCGGACAUACCAUGCGGCAAAUAAAACAACUUCGAAAAGGUUUAAAGGAAACUAUGCUGUGGCCACUACUUUGUCAGCGUACAGAUGUGCUUCCAGUCAUUUUUCCACGUGAGAUAAAUGACGUUUUGACCCAAGAGUGUGUCCUAAACAGCAUUACCUGGCCUUCAAUGGUGAAAAACAAUGAUGACGACAAUGAUGAUGAAUGCUCUUUGGAAGAUCAGAGGCGAGUUGCUGGCUACCUUCGUCAGUUUAUUGAGAAUGCAUCAAGCCCUGAGCUGAAGGCACUUGUUAAGUUCUGGGUGGGCUGGGAGGUUCCCACUACCUCUCUCAAACUGGAAGUAACCUACAGUAACCUACCAAAGGCAUCUACAUGUUUCGAGACCCUACGGCUUCCAUCCCGAUAUGAAGACUUCCAAGCAUUUAAGAAAGAGUUACUUGCCUGCAUCAGUACUGUGGAUACUGGAUUUGGGCUGGUGUAAUUAAAAUUGUUGUGCAGUAUUGUUUUCUAUCCAAUCCAAGUUCAUGGAUAUUGAGGUAGACGUUUUGAUAUAUUUUUAUUUUUUGCUCUCUAUUCUGAAAGAUGCAGUCAAAGACUUUUUUGUUUUUGUUAUGUUUACUUAAGGACAGUAAAGUUUAUACAGUAUUACAGUUCAGUUUACAUCACAAUGUACAAAUAAGGAU